GUAUUGAAGAGUAGCCCCUCCUUCAGUCACAGACACUCUCGCUGUCUCUCUAAUUAGUUAGUGAGAGCUGCAGCGUGUUCAACUACAUCAGUGUUUAACGACAGCGGCGCAACCGUUUUGCGUAUAGCAGCUUGCUUUACUAUCGAGUUCUGCAACUGUUCUGUAGAGCUGAGACGAUGCGGGGUCUCGUUGUCUACGUUCAGUCAACAUGCGGUACCGAGUUGGCCAAUCGUGACAACUUGACUGUCGAGCUUCGAGAUAUCAGCGCUAGUUGGGAGCUUGUCUUCUACAAUGUCUUACAGCAGGUAGCUUCGCGAUGCGGCCAGCGUAAGAAGGACAUUCAAGUGACGCUUCGGUACGUGGACGACGAAGGAGACCUCGUGACGGUAAACAGUGACCGCGAAUGGCGGGAAGCUCUCAAACUAGCCGGCAGAGAAGAGGUCGAGUGUGUGGCGAUAAAUCUAGUGGCCACAACGGUGCUGAGGAAAGAGUCCGGAAAGAGAAAUGUAUGCAGUCCGCUUUCGUGUGGCAGUGCCAUCUCUUCGUGUUGUCCUCGAACUCAACCGUCGGGCUUGGGGUUUGAGCAAACUAUGCCAAAUGAAACGUUUCUCGGUCAGCAAAUACCUUCAAAUGUAUUGAAUCCUAACCAGGCGGACUACAAGUAUACCGGUGAAGCUCUGCGAGCGGUCACUCUUCCUCUGGGGCCAAUAGGUGGUGGCUCGAUUGCUCUUGCUGGCGACGGAGGGCUACGUCAGUGGCAAGUAUGCAACAGAGUCUGUCAUCUAGCCCAUGUGCCAGACUCCUUUUUCGCCAUCAGAGUCGACGUAGGCUCUACCAGUAAGGCAGCUGUUCUCCAGUCACCUACCCUUUACGAUGAUACGGGAUUCAAACCUGAAAACUACAUCACAGAUCAUGUUGUGCCUGCUGCUUCAAAGCAGCUGCUCUCCAAACUUCCAGGAGUGAAAGAGAUCGAAAUAACCGCUAGAUAUCCAAUUGUUGAAAUUGAUUACACAAGUGGUGAGGUACCCGUUCAGAUUCACACAGAAGCAUUCAACCCAUGCAUACCACUCGAUUCUAAAAAUAGUGGGAUUCCAGUCAUUGUGUUUAACUUCACAGUGACCAACACAAACAGCAGCACAGCAAAGGUGUCUCUACUUGGUUCUUUGCAGAAUUUUGUCGGAUGGGAUGGAGCGACAGACAUACAAAAUGAAGUUAUGUACACUGGAUAUGGAGGAAACACUAAUUCUCUACUGAAUCAGAAUGGCAUGACAGCAAUUGAUAUGUCCAAUGCCAGUCUGUACUCAAUGGAUGCGUUCAAUGGACACAUUUCAUUAGCCACAUUUCAUGGCACUGCAGACGUCGUCACCAAUUUGUUACAGUUUGAUAAUGUUACCGACUUGUGGAAAGAUUUCACCACAACGGGCCUGCCAGGAUCAGGCCAGUCAGGACCAUCACCAAGUGGAAAAACGUGGAAUGGAGCACUGGCACUGACUAGAGAAAUUCCAGCGAAUACAUCUCAAACGUUCACAUUUCUGCUUGCUUGGCAUUUUCCACACAGGUAUGUCAACUGGUCACAAGCUGGAUUUGGAAUUAAAGACAAAAUGACCCAAUUCUACAUCGGAAAUCAAUACGCCAAUUUCUGGAAAGACAUCACCGAGGUGCUCGACUACACUCAAACAAAUUUUGCUAUGCUUGUAGCACAGACGAGGAUGUUGAGAGAUGCCAUGUAUAAGUCCACCCUGCCCUGGCAGGUCGUCGACAGUGCAGCAGCAAGAAUGAUGGUAUUCAGGUCUCCGACUUGUAUGUGGCAUGCUGAUGGUAAUCUGUAUGGAUUUGAGGGCUGUAGUGCAAAAAACGGAUGCUGUCCACUGAAUUGCACUCAUGUGUGGAACUACGAGAUGGCACUAUCAAGACUCUAUCCUGACCUUGAAAGGACAAUGCGUGGUGUUGAUCUCCAAGAACAGAUUUCUCCCAACAGCAUCAUUCCCAGUCGAACUACAGUUCCACUGGAAUUGCGGCGUCAGUGGUCAUUCUGGCCAAAUUAUACUGACAUUAGUCAAGCAUCGACAGCCAUAUGUGUUGAUGGAGAAAUUGGCACUGUCAAUAAGACGUACAGAGAGGUACUGCAAGGAGCACCAAAGGAUUGGUUUGACAAGCAAUGGCCGCAAGUAAAGAAAGUCAUGCAGAGAUGGAUGUCGAGUCUAGACGAUGGAACCGGUGUGGUGAGAGGCCCGCAACCAAAUACAUAUGACUGUGCAGUGUAUGGAGUUAAUACGUUUAUUGGCACUCAAUACCUUUGCGCUCUUCGAGCUGCUGAGGAAAUGGCCAAAUUGCAAGGAGACAUGGCGUUGGCGAAGACGUAUCAUGAUCGAUUUACAUUGGGAAGUGCACAGCUAGAUAAACUCUGUUUCACGAAUGGAAAGUGGUACACUCAAGUGGUUGAUUCUGCCCAUGCUGUCAAUGUUAUGAGUGAUGGAACAUUUGUAGAUGCACUUGGUGGAUGGUGGUGGGCUCGGUCUCUAGGGCUGGGAGACAUUCUUCCCAUCGAACAUGUUAAGUCAUCGCUGCAGUACACGUUUCAGCAGAAUCACGUCAAACAGUUUGAUCCAGGGCUUCAGUUUCCACGGAAGUUCUUUGACCAAAGAGAUGCUGGCAUGUUCAUCAUUCGAUGGCCUGAUGGAAAGGUGCCUAAGAAUGGUCUACUGUACUCAUCAGAGGGAGCUUGGACUGGAUUGGAGUAUCCUUUUGCUGAGCAGUGCCUUUAUGCUGGUUUGAACGACAUAGCUUUACAAGUAUUGACCGAGGCUCGUCAAAAGUAUGACGGUACAAGAAGGAGUCCCUGGAAUGAAGUAGAAUGCGGCGAUCACUACUCUCGUCAAAUGGCCGGAUUCUUAUUAUUUGAAAUUGCCUCAGGCCAGUCAUCAAGCUAUGCUUCACCGAUGACCAUCAAUUUGAACUUCUCUCCGCGGCUCCAAUUCACAAACUAUCGCGGAUUUUUCAUUCUUGGUUCUUGCUGGGGGCAAUACUCUCAGAUCGGCGAUGCAAAACUCAGCACUGGCACUGCCCAGUUGACUGUAAUGGGUGGUCAGGUUGCUCUCGCACAAUUACAACUGACAUCAUCGGCAGCCAAUGCAACACUGACUGUUGGAACGACUUCUGUGACGAGUCAAGUCACUCAAAAUGCUGGAUUGCUGACGAUGAAGUUUAGCUCUCCUCUUGCUCUCAAAGCCAGCCAGACGCUCACAGUUAAACUUGGAUAGUUCUCUAGCUACCAACAGUGUUUGGACUGGGAUACCAUGCACUUGUUAUUCUACCAUGUGCCUGACUUCUGGUAUUGUAUUGAUGCACUAGACAUAGUUCUGUGUGUUGAACUUGUGUUGAGGUUUGAGUGUGGCUUUUAUUUUCACAUGUUAAUGUGUAUGUAGUCUGUUUGGACAUA